AUGGCGUACAGCGUGGUGAUUUUGGUGGGCGGUGAAACCACAGGAACAAGAUUCCGGCCGUUAUCAAUAAACACCCCAAAAACCCUUUUUCCGAUUGCCAGUAAACUGCUUAUUUCACGUAUCAUCGAUAAGUUGAUGUCACACCUUCACCACUCCAUUUCACAAGUGUUUUUGUUAGGGUUUUUCAAGGACUCGGCUGUAUUUGAGAACUACAGUCACAAACUCGCGGGAAAAUACCCAACUGUGGUGUUUGAGUACUUGUCGGAGGCCAAUUCCAAAGGUACUGCUGGAGGAUUGUACCAGUAUCGAGACAAGAUCUUGACCCCCGAAUCUGAAGGAUUGAUCUUUGUGCACGGUGAUGUGUUCUGCAAUUAUCCAUUCGAAAUGAUGUUUGAUCAGCACAUCCAACAGCGCCUGGGGGUGAUGGUUUUGGGGGUCAAUCCACUCUUGAUCCCGGAUUUCUUUAGAAAAUACUUGAAUAUCCAGGCAGAUGACCCAGUUGCCCUGGAGAAAAACAGCAUUCUUUCGUGUUUUGGAACUAUCAUCUCAAAGAAAGCAUCGGAUUCAGUGAUGCACUAUGUGGAGAAGCCUUCUAGUGAGUUUUGUGUGCAAUUCGACAGUGAGUACGAUGUGUUGAUCAAUGGGGGUAUCUACAUGUUUAGCAAAGAUGUCAUUUUGAAUUUGUUAGAGGUGGCGCACAUAAGGAAAGAAACAGAGGAGGUCACCGGCAAAGGAGAUAACAUUUCGUUGGAGAUGGAUAUUUUGAGAUGGUUGCCACAUCAAACUUAUUCGUUUGAUGUGUUCAAACAUCAGGAUUAUUGGUACAAUUUGAAGACACCUUUGUCAGCGUUAUUGGCCAACAGCGCCUUUUCGAGAAAUUCAAAUGGCUGGAAUGAUGAAGCUGACCAACUUGAUCUUGAGUACACUAAUCCGUAUGUCACCAUUGGUAAGAAUGCUACUAUUGGCCGUAACGUGAAAAUUGGCAAUGGAGUCAAAAUCGAAAACGCCAUCAUUGGAGACAACGUUAUCAUUGGCGACAACAGCUAUGUUACAAAUGCAAUCAUCGACUCAUCGGUGGUAAUUGGUCCCUGGUGCCGGAUCGAAGGCUCGAUCAACAACUCCACCAUCUGGAAUGAUAUAAAGCAUUCUCACUCAGCCGGUAACAUCCAGAAUAUCCACAACUUGGUGGUCUUAUGUGAGAACACACACGUGUCUGAAGGUGUGUUUGUGUUUAAUUCCAUCGUAUUGCCCCACAAAGAGCUCAGUUGUGACAUCAAGUAUGAGAUAGUUAUGUAA